GCCUGCCCUCCCGCUCCCUUCCCGCUGCGGCGGCCCUACCGGCCGCGGAGGAUGAGGUGCCCCCGCUGCGGGGGAGGCGGGCCGCGCCGCGCCUGAGCGCUCGCACCCCUUCCCUCGCACCUCUCCCCUCGCAGGGGCGUAGGGCCGCGCCCGCUGCCCUGCCCCGGCAUGGAGGAGAAGUACAGCGGGCAGGCCUUGGCCGGCGGCGGCGUGCUGGGGCCCGUCGAUGUGCCCACCGCCCGGCUGACGCGGUACAUCGUGCUGCUGUGCUUCACCAAGUUUUUGAAAGCCGUGGGGCUGUUUGAAUCCUACGAUCUUCUGAAAGCGGUCCACCUCGUGCAGUUUAUCUUUAUAGUGCAGCCGGGGUCUGCAUUUUUUAUGGUUUUGUUUCAAAAACCAUUUUCUUCUGGAAAAGUGGUAACCAAGCAUCAGUGGAUCAAAAUUUUUAAGCAUGCUGUUGUGGGAUCUAUCAUUUCACUCUUGUGGUUUUUUGGCCGUACUCUUUGUGGACCACUGAGGACAUUGUUGCUGUUUGAGCACAGUGAUGUGGUUGUGCUAUCACUCCUUAGUGUCUUGUUCACGAGCUCAGGUGGAGGACCAGCAAAGACAAGAGGUGCUGCAUUUUUCAUCACAGCUGUCAUCUGCUUACUGCUUUUUGAUAAUGACGACCUCAUGGCUAAGAUAGCAGAACAUCCUGAGGGGCAUCAUGACAGUGCUCUUACCCAUGUUCUGUAUACAAUCAUUGCUUUCCUAGGUGUUGCAGAUCACAAGGGAGGAGUACUGCUUCUGGUACUGGCAUUGUGCUGUAAGGUUGGUUUUCACAUGGCUUCCCGAAAACUAUCUGUAGAUGUAGGUGGAGCCAAGCGUCUUCAAGCUUUGUCUCAUCUUGUUUCCGUCCUUCUGUUGUGCCCCUGGGUCAUUGUCCUUUCUCUGACAACAGAGAGUAAAGUAGAGUCUUGGUCUUCUCUCAUCAUGCCUUUCAUAACAGUCAUCUUUUUUGUUGUGAUCCUGGAUUUCUACGUGGAGUCCAUAUGCUCUGUCAAGAUGGAAGCUUCCACGUGUGCUCGAUAUGGAUCCUUUCUUAUUUUCAUUAGUGCACUGCUUUUUGGCAACUUUUGGACACAUCCAAUAACAGACCAGCUUCGAGCUAUGAAUAAGCCACCACACCAUGAAAGCACAGAGCAUGUUCUUUCUGGAGGUGUGGUAGUGAGUGCUGUCUUCUUCAUUUUAUCUGCCAAUAUCCUGUCCUCCCCCUCCAGGAAAGGGCAGAAGGGUACCCUUAUUGGCUAUUCCCCUGAAGGCACUCCUCUCUAUAACUUCAUGGGUGAUGCAUUACAGCAGAGCUCUCAGUCAUUACCCCGGUUUAUUAAGGAGUCACUGAAAGAAAUCCUUGAGGAGUAUGAUUCUAGGCAGAUCUUCUAUUUCUUGUGCCUAAAUCUGGCUUCCACUUUUGUGGAGCUUUUUUAUGGAGUAUGGACCAAUAGCCUUGGUCUCAUUUCUGAUGGAUUUCACAUGCUUUUUGAUUGUUCUGCCUUAGUGAUGGGGCUUUUUGCAGCUCUGAUGACAAGAUGGAAAGCAACUCGCAUAUUUUCCUAUGGGUAUGGACGUGUAGAAAUUCUCUCUGGAUUUAUUAAUGGCCUCUUUCUGAUGGUAACUGCUUUCUUUGUCUUCAUGGAAUCGGUGGCCAGACUGGUGGAUCCUCCAGACAUCGAUACAAAUAUGCUAACUCCAGUCUCUGUUGGAGGGCUGAUCGUAAACCUUGUUGGUAUCUGUGCCUUUAGCCACGCGCACUCCCAUGGGGUUUCUCGGGGAGGUUGUCACUCACACGAUCACAGCCAUUCUCACCACGGGCACAGCCACGGCCAUGGGCACAGUCAUGGACAUUCCCACGGGACUUCUGGAGGAGGCAUGAAUACCAACAUGAGAGGUGUGUUUCUGCAUGUGUUAGCAGACACUCUUGGCAGUGUUGGUGUUACCGUAUCAACGAUAUUUAUUCAGCAAUUUGGAUGGCUCAUAGCUGAUCCACUCUGCUCUCUUUUUAUUGCUACAUUGAUUUUUCUUAGUGUUAUCCCACUAUUGAAAGAUGCCUGUCAAGUGCUUUUGUUGAGGAUACCUCCAGAACAGGAGAAAGAUCUGCAUGCAGCUUUAGAAAAGAUUCAAAAAAUAGAAGGAGUCAUAUCUUACAGAGAUCCUCAUUUUUGGUGUCACUCUGCAAGUGUUGUGGCAGGUACAAUACAUGUGCAAGUGGUAUCAGAUGUGAUGGAACAGAGAAUUGUACAGCAGGUUACAGCAAUUCUGAAAGAUGCUGGCGUAAACAACCUAACUGUCCAAGUGGAGAAGGAAGCUUAUUUUCAACACAUGUCUGGACUCAGUACAGGAUUUCAGGAUGUCCUUGCAAUGACUCAGCAACUAGAAUCCAUGAAAUACUACAAAGAUGGUACUUAUAUCAUGUGAUAGAAAGUUAUGUUCACCAAAGGAGGUGCAAACGGUGAAGCUGUAGGAUUCCAUACUCGUAUUUUUGACAGGAGAUCUUGCACAUACAUGUACAGAAACAAAUGUACUAUAUAUUUGAAUUUUUUUAAGCACUAUAUUAAAAUAGGAUCAAGGUGCUUUUAUAAAGGAAAUAAGGACUUGAAUAUUUGCUGUAUAUGUGAAAAUAAUGGAAAUCUGUACUUGGUGUUUAUUAAACAGAAGUCUGGAUAUGUUCCAUGCUUAAUCUUUUACGAAUGGAACAUCAUGAUUAUAAUUUCAUGUUAGCAGUGGGAAAUGGAAAUAGUUUAUAUUGGAAUGCAAACGUAAUUGUUGUGGUUUAAGCCCAGCCAGCAAGAAGGCACCACACAGCUGCUCGCUCACUCCCCCCCCUCCCAGUGGGAUGGGGAGGAGAAUUGGGGACAAAAAAGUAAAACUAGUGGGUCGAGAUAAGAACUAUUUAAUAACUAAAGUAAAAUAAAAUAUCAUAAAAACAAUAAUAAUUAAUAAUAAUAAUUGUAAUGAAAAGGAAUAUUAACAAAAAAAAGGGGGGGGGGACACAAGAAAAGACAAGCGAUGCACAGUGCAAUUGCUCACCCCCUGCUGACCAAUGCCUGAGCAGUGAUUGGCCCCUCCCGGCCAACUCCCCCCAGUUCAUAUAGAGAGCAUGACGUUCUAUGGUAUGGAAUAUCUCUCUGGCUAGUUCAGGUCAGCUGUCCUUGCCAUGCUCCCUCAGCAGAGCAUGAGAAACUGAAAAAAUCCUUAACUUAGGAUAAGCGCUACUUAACAACAACUAAAACAUCAGUUUGUUAUCAACAUUAUUCUCGCACUAAAUCCAAAACACACUGUACCAGCUACUGAGAAGAAAAUAACUUUGACCUAGCUGAAAUCAGGACAAUAAUCAAUUGAAAAAUAUUUUUCUUUCUUUCAAAUGUAGCUUGAAGACUUCUUGAAUGAAAAAUAAUUACAUGCUUAUUACAGGGAGUAAAAAACAACAUGAAGUCAUGUUUUUUGCACACUUUGUUAGAUAAUAGAAAUAAACAGUUUUUAUAUUAUGUCUCAGCAUACAAAUCUGAUUUCUAAACUUAAUGAAUCAGAGCAAAUAGAUGUUACUGUUUUAAAUUUAUGUCAAGUUAUUUUUUUAAGGAGAGAAAUCCACAGGUUAACAGUGAGAAAUAGGGGAAAAAAAUUGUAGACACUUUUUUGUUUCCUGAGAAGACUUAAAAAACACACUGUAAAAUAAAUUUUUUGUACUUUUUAUAUGAAUAACUGCAAACGCAAUAGUUUGAAGCUUAAAGUAAUUAAUCAGUGAGCAUCCUGGCACACAGGUAAACUUCACUUCUUCAAGAUACAUUAUUCUGUCAUUUACUUGAUUUUUUUCAUAAUACCAUAACACAGCUGUAGGUGUACUGUAGCCAACUAUACCUUUUUGUCUUACCCAAGGAAGCAGUCCAGAUUUAGAAUGCUAAACUGUGACAGUAGUCUGGGACUUGGCACAUUGCUGAAACAAACUGUAAAUUGAGACUUCUUGACUGGAAAGAGAAAGAGUGUGUUUAAGAAAGAAUUAUGCGUGUUGGGGUCUUAAUACUGCAAAGAAAACAAUCUCUUGUCUUCAGUGAAAACCUGUCAACAAGGUAAUAACAUAGGUCUUCAGAGAUAGUUACCUUACAGCUGUUUACAGUCUUCCUGUGCCCUCUUUUCUUCUUGUCUGAAGCCCUUAAAUAUUUUCCUUGGAAUUCAGCAAAUCAAUUCAGUAGUUGGCAAGAAAUGAGGACAUCUUUCAUCAUUCCAUGUAUCGUGGCAGUCUUAUUUUGUCAUACUGUUUUCUCGUUCUGGUAUUUAGGAUCAGUACCUUUAUCAGUAUCAUGAUAAAGACUGGACUUGAUGUUGGUGGAAUUUGAGGAUAGACCGAUGUAGGAGUUACAUGGUCAGAUCAGAUUUACCAGCAAUGCCGUUUGAAACAUCCUUGAGCAAUUCUGCUUCUCUUGUGAUCAGACUGUUUAUGGAAACUGCACAGUUUCUUUUGUAACUGUUAAACAAGUUUGCAUUCCAUUGUCCCCCCACACUCCCCACGGUGCUGUGUUAAAACACUAUCUGCAAUACGGGGCUGACUUGAAAAACUGCAGCCAGAAAGUUUCUAGAAGUCGCAUUGCUUUUACAUACAGUAAUGAAGAUUGAGUGAUCACAGUCCCUCAUUUCUCGGGGUAAUGCUGCAGAACCAGCAGUGUUCUUAAAGCUUGAUCCUGUUUUCUUCCGAUUUAUGCCUUUGGCGGUGCUUUUCUCACCUUGCCUCCUCCAGAAGGCUCAAGUCACUUGAAUAACAGUGCUACAAUUACACUUGGCCUAUAAGCAGGGUGAUCUUUCAGUUUUGAAAACCAUACUCGAACAAAAACCUUCAGUUAAUAUUUACACGUGCCACUCAUGUUUGAGGUGAUUGUACAGCGUUUCACCAAACCAAGCAUUAGCCCCAUUGUGAUAGGUAGAUGAAAACGGGGGUGAUUUUUCUUUUCAAAUCAAGUUAGCUUAACAUAAUGGAAAAGCCUUCACGCUUGCCACAACUUUCUGUGAGGAAAGGCUGAUUUCCUACUUCAGCUGCUAGCAACAGGACCUGGAACCAGUGAAGGUGGCUGGGACCACGUUAGGUGAUCCUGGCAGCGAAGGUGAGCUGGUACCUGGAUACUUCAGGCAAGUGCAAACCUGCACCUUAACACGCGUUCAGCAGGUUUUUGUGUGUUGCUCAGCAGACAUGCAGGGAGGACAAUGGCAAUAAGUGUUGUCUAUCUUAAAUUCGUCGAACAAGAACCGGUAUCCGGCAGUAAUCCUCCAAAGCAGCGUUCAGGCUUCCCCCCCGGCAAGAUCUGUUAGAACCGUGCUGCCAGGGCGGGUUUUCAAAUCGCAGGUGUGGGCCAGCUGAUUUAUGUUUUAAUAAAUACCGUGGUGGGGGAGUUUUUAGUCUAGUCACUUGAUUUGCGUGCAGACAAUUGCAACAAAACACUUUCGAAGAUGGAACAAAGAUGUAAAACGAACUGCAGCUAUGUAUGGUACAUCUGGCGGCAAGCCACGUAUCUGUGCAUAACGAGUUAAAAAAUAAACGCGUUUUUCAGCAA